AUGGCUGCAAGCAAGAAUACCGCAUCUGCCGACACACCUCUAGACAUUCGUUGUGAACGAGGCCCGCCUCCGCCAAAGAAGGCUGGCGUUGACAUCAGUCAACAGGCGCUCGAUGCGAUAGAACAAGAUCUGAUCAUAGAGAGCCAGAGCAAGCUAGAUCCGGCGAUGGUGGAUAUUCGGCCGCAUCCUUCUCUAUCAUCAGCUGACCGCGAGGCUAUCGAGAAGAUCUAUGAAAGCUUGCUCAAGGAGAUACGAGACGAAACUACCGAGAUUGGCAAAAUUUGGUAUGGAAUCGCUAGCCAUCGUCCCGACGCCAAGGAAAAGCCUCUAUCGGAUCUUCUCGUUCGACUAAAGAAAAUCAUUGGACAGCGCAUAGCAGCAGAAUGUCGCGGGUCCAUCAAGCAGGCCGCCCAGCUCUUCAACUCCUUGGGCGAUGUCGAUAUGCGCGAUGGAGACGUGCCCAACGCCAAUAAAUCUAGUACGUGCGAUCAAAAACUUGACUUGUUGGUGCAUGGAAUUGCGAGCGAGCUCGACGAUGAUGUGGAUUGGGCGCAAACCUUGACCUUCGGCGUUAUAAAAUCUUCCAGCGCUGCGGACUUGAGGGAUUUCCUGGUCGGUCAACUUCUUCGUUAUGAACGCAAGCUCAAACAGAAUCAUCCCAUUACCGGUCGCUCGUGCUUUUUUACGCUAUGCGGACCAAUCCUUCGCCUAUGGUAUACCGAUCCAGUACGGGUCGGUACCUCGGCCGGCUACAGUUUCAAGGAUACCAACGAUUUUAGGCAGAUCUUCUAUAUCAUCGCCUUCUUCUGCGGCCCAGAACAUGACAUAUCCGAGCAAUGGGAGCCACGGAAUGGAAAGAUCGUCCAUAUACAAGACGAAAUCAGAAGGGAGCUUCCUCCUUAUCAGUACAGAUUGACCGAGGUCAAAAGGCUGGCUGUCUCGGCCACGAUCUGGGGUCGCAGGACCGCUGCAUGGUCGGCGAAAGCUGUACCUUUGAGCGAGUCCUGUCCAAUGCCAUCGAAGAACUAUAUGGUCAUUAAGAGCACAUGGCUUCCGUGUGAGCUUCACGACCAUGAACUUAAUGUACUAAGGAGGAUAGCAAGCAACCGCAGCGAAUCCAACAAGCACUUCCACAUACCUAUACCUAUCGGAAAAAUCGUCAGCGGCAAGACAUCAAAAAAUCGCGAACAGAAACCGGGCUCCAGCGGGAUGGACAUCAACAGAUGGUACACCCGAGACGGAGGGUGGCGCAACUCAACUUUCGCUACCUUCUGUGUACCGGGAACCCACAUCCGCUGCGGGGAUCAAAGGCAACAUCUUCGGCUGUACCGCGGUUUUUUCGAGAUAAUAAGAUUUCUUGCCAGUAUCGGCAUCCAUUAUCGCGAUCUCAACAACGGGAACAUCAUGGAGGCCGCCUUGGAUGGGGAAUGUCUCGUCAUUGAUUUCGGCAACGCUCGGAUCUUGAAGCAACGUCGGGGUGCUGAUUCGAGGAGACAAUCUUUGGAGAACGAUUUCGAGAUCAGUCUUGACGAUAGUCGGUCCGGCACCCGCAAAUUCCUUUGCCGCAAAAUCCAUCGCCUUGCACAACAGGUCGAUCUAUGCCGUCAACAUAUGAAAGAAUUGGAAGUGGAAGAGAAGGAUCCCGCCAAGCACGUUCGAGCAGCGAUUACGGCCGACAUAGUCGCAAAGACGUACGCAGAUGUGGCACAGCGCCAUCGUCAUCACCGGUAUGUUCCCUGAAGCGAGAAACACUGACGGAGAACCGUAAUAGAUCACAUAUCCUACCUCGAUAUUCGACAGGUACAUUGAUGAUGCGGAAUCUGCUCUGUAUCUUAUGAUAUAUCAGGCCUCGAGCGAAGCGUCCC